AUGACAGCUUCAGAAGAUUCAUUUUAUAUGGAACGAUAUUGCUACGUUCUGGCAUCCUGGUUCGAUAUCUUCGAUUCGACCAAACACUUUUCGAAAGUAGUUCCUCAUCUGUCUUUGUCUCACUCUCUUCUCCGGCUGUCAAUUCUUGCAUGGGCAGCCAAGCAUUACUACCUUACGAAAUUGACUCAAUCAGUCGAUACCUCUUUGGCCUAUUACGACAGAGCGUUAAGAAUGCUCACAACGACUGUUAGCGACAAUUCCAUGUCAUCAUCUCCCGCUGUAUUUGCGUCAUGUCUUCUUCUUGCCAUAUCAGAAUUAAUGGGUGAUAGUUAUCAAGAUUGGCAGCUUCACCUCGAAGGCACCUACUCGCUGGUGAUGACGCACGGUUGGCACGGACACAGCGUUGGACUGGGAGGGGCUUGCUUCUGGGUGUAUGCAAGAAUGGACGUGCUUUCAUCUCUUUCGACAGCCGAAUGCAGUCGCUUGCCUACAGAACUCUGGCUGCCAACCAACGACGAGGCGGAACUAUACGGGCUUCUAAGCACCCCGAGUACUGAGGACUGGUCGAACCAAACCGUGUUCCUUCUUGCUCAAAUCCACAACUUGUUAUGUAAAGUCCGCGCUGAAGAAUCUGCUGACACGUUCAGCAGUCUUCUCGCGACAUGGAACGCGUUGAGGGAGAAGAUUCAGCUGCAUCAGCAGCGCCAGCCGUACCACUUCAAGCCUCUGGCAGUCUUGGAAGCUAGCGAUACGAAGGAUGACUCUUUUCCCACAAAGCGGUACUUGAACGAAAGCAUCUCUCUCGCGACUCAAUUUUGGGAUGUCGCAAAACUGCUUUUCAUUCUCGCCAGACCAGAAAGAUGUCGACGAGAGCGUAGUGACAGAUAUCGGAUAGAGGCAAAGACAUUCAUAACACUGGCGAGACAAACAAUUGCCACCAGUGUCCAUAACAGGCAUGAGGCCAACUGGGUUGGAGCCACACAGCUACUGAGCGUCACAGGGAUGGCACUCACAGACUGGGCUGAGCGGAAAGCGUUGGUGAAGUGCUUCAAGGACAUCCAUCUCCGAACAGGCUGGAAUACGCACGAGAUGAUUGAUGCUUUGCUCGCCUGGUGGGGCUGGUCGGCCCCGCUGAACGAAAGGGGUCAGUCUUGGACGGAUGUUCAUGAAGAGAUAGGACCGUACGCGAGCGCCUCAGAGUGGAUGCUUCGAAUGUUUGAUUGCGGCGUUGUCAUGAAAGCGGCGAGGAUGAGCGGCCAUCCAUAA